ACAAUAAAAAAACUACAUACAAAAUGAAGAAGAAAGGCACGACGGACGGUGUUCUAAACAAAAUUAAACAUCUACAGCAAUAAAACUAAAAAAUAAAUAAUUAAAUUGUGCAAAACAUAUAAAUUUAAUAAGUGUUUUAUAAAGAAAUUAAGAAAUUUUUGGAAAAAUCAAAAGAAUUCAUAAAGAAAAUCGAAUUAAAAAACUUUUUAUUAACUUGUCAAGAGAUUUUGUUAAUGCAAUUGUGUGUGUGUAUGAAAGAGAGAGAGGGAGAUAUACAGAACAAAACGGAAAUAGUGCAUAAAAGAAAAUAAAGCAAAAGAUAUGAAGCAAAAUAAAAAAGAAAAAAAAAAAAUAAAUAAAUAACAAAAAAUAUGUUGAAUGGUAAAGUGAGACAAAAUGAAAGAAGAAAAACUACGAAAAUGUGCAAAAAUAAAUACUAAAACAACAAACACAAUGGCAGCAGCAACAACAACAAAUAAAAAUAAAUACGUAGAAAACAUCAAUGAAUGAUAAAAAAAGCUCAAUAAAAUUCAAAAUAAAAACAUGGAACAAGUUAAAAGAAGAGUGAGAAGUUGCUGUUAAAGAUAGAAGGAGAAACAAAAAAUACAAAACAAAAAUUAAAAGAAUUAAGAAAAUAAAGAGGCAAGUAAGAAAAAAGUUAUUAAAACAAAAAGUGAAAACUUGAAAAGUUACUUUUUUCUUUCGUGUUUGUGUUUUUUUUUUGUUUUGUGCUGCUGAUGAUGAUGGUGGUCGUCGUUGUCGUAGCCGUUGUGGUCGUCGUUUUUGCGUCUCCUCUCCGUUUGAAAUAAAAAAAUCCAAUGUUCGUUGUUAUAUCGUUGUCGUCUUCGGUUGUAUGUUGACGUCGUUUUUUGAUUUUGUGCUUUAACAGGGCCGUCGCAAAAAAUUUUCGCAACAUAAUAGUUUUUGUUGUUGCCAUUUCUUAUUUUUUUAUUUGAAACUUGAAAAUGUAGAAUAUUCUUAGAAUUAACAAAAAAAAAAAAAAAAUACAAGAAAAAUAAAAGAUAAAAAUCAUCCUUCGAAAUAUAGAUGGUGCAUAAAAAAUUUUGUUGGUGUUUGAAAGUGUUUUUCUGUUCAAGUUAAAAUAAAGAAAAAAAAGAGUAAAGAAAAAGUUUUUAGUGCAAAAAGUGUGAAAAAAUAAAGAAAUAAAAAAAAUAAAAACACAAAAUCCAGUCUGCUUGAGUGGCGGCCACCAUUAAAAACCGUCGCCAUCAUUUUAUGCAAAAAAUAAAAUGGUUCAUAAAUUUUAUUGAAAUACCAGCAAAAUGGCCGGAAUUAUGUCAUUUCAAAAGUAUUUGCACAAAGUUAAUUAGAAAUUUGUAGAAAUUGUUAAACGAUCAUUAAAAAAAAUGUAAAAAAAGAAACAUGUUUUAACUAGUGAAAGAAACCACCUUGUGAAAGGGUGUCUGUCUUAUCUUCGAACACCCCCCUACACCCACUAAAUACAUACAAAUACACACAUGCAAAAAGUGACAAAAACACAAACAACAUAUAAGUAAACAAAUACACGCAGUUACAGAAAAAUUAAAGAAAAUAAGAAAAAAUCUUUAAAUCAAAAAUAAUUUAUUAAUUAAAAAAAAGUAAACAAUUAGGAAAAGUUAGAAUUUCCUUUAAUUUAAAGCAGGCCCAACAGCAAAUGAAUGGCAUCAUUCAACACCAGUAAUCCUCAUUCUGCAGCAGAUGUGUUGAGUAACUCUUUAGCCGCCGGCGGCUCAAAUACUCAACCACAUAACCAUCACUCCCAGCCACAUCAUCAGCCGCAGCAUCAUCAAUUUAGCAAUCAUCAACCACCACCUUUAUCCCACACUUUACACCAUUCCCAUCAUCCCGGACAACAACAUUUUGAACGCAGCAGCAGUAGUAGCAGUACUACCUCCACCACUUAUUUGGUACCCGUUACUUCAUCUCACUUGCCAUUGGAUUCAACUGCUUUUCUAUCCUCUCCCCACUUUGUGACCUCGAACCCAGUGUCGCUUAGUUCUCACUCGGCCUCUAAUACAUCGACGUCUUCGUAUACUUUUGUUCAAAUUAAACGUGAACCUUGCCAGGUGUCGGAGGUUACUACCUCCAAUACAAACAAUCAUCAUCAUACUAUUGGUUCUAUAGCAGCAGCAGCGGCCUCAUCCGCCUCCUCUUCCUUGUCGUCGUUGGCUGCUUCAACGGCUACGGGUUCAUUGGCCGCUGCUAAAACUAUGUCAUCGUCAACCUUGACGACUCUGGUUAAAAUAGAGGCUUCAUCACCGAAAGUUCAUGAUAUGGAUAAAACGCAUCUAAGUGCACAAGCUGGUAGCGGCUGUGGAGGUGGCGCCAAUAUGGUCAAUAGCACAAAUAAUACUGUACCAAUUGGUAUUGCAGUGGCACGUAAAAGACCACAGGAAACAACAGCACCACCACCACCUGCUCCUCCUUCUUUAACAAGUUCCUCAACAUUGCCUUUGUCACAACCACUUAAUAAGGAUAUGAAUUGUUUUGGUAUACGAGUUGCUGAUUUGGGUGGUGUCGGUACCGGUUGUGGCAAUAUUUACUUUACCGGUAAUGGUGAUUUAAUGACCAGUUCAGCCACUGCUGAUGAACUAGCUUUAGCUAAUGCGGCCAGUUUACAAAGUGUUAAUCGUGCUCCUUCAACAUUUUGGCAAUAUUCAAAUGCGCUUCCCAUUGAAUCAGUGAUAUCGAUGUCCCCCGCUACUGUAGGUUUACAAUACUCCCGAGAGGCAAGUCGAGGUCAAGUUGUUUUAUUACCAGCCACAGCAACACCUUUAGAUCCCUUCCAACAGGCGGCUGCAGCGGCCUUUGUCUGGCCCUCCUACAUACCGCAGGGUACGGCACCGGCCACUUUACAACCGCCGCCAAACUUUAUAUUUCCCUCCAUGAGUCCACAUUCAACGUUGCAAGCGGCGGCAGCAGCACAACCGUAUGCUACGUCAUUGCAGCUCUUGGGUUCAAACUAUUUAACAGCCGCGGCGGCUGCAGCAGCAGCAGCGGCUGCCACUUCCACAUUGUGCCAGCAUAAUCAACAGACAAAUAGUACCAGUAGUUCGAUAAAUUUAAGUUUAGGUGGUUCCGUCUCUGGCUCCAGUUCCGGCACAACCAUGAGCAGUUCAAGUAGUUCGACGACGACGCGUUUUAUGAGUUUGGCAACGACCGGUGGUGGUGGAGGAUCCAUCAACGAUACAGGUCAGUCGAAGACAACGUCCCACAAAACUUUAGCACCAGCUCCCCUACCCUUACCACCACCUCCGCCGACACUAGCUUUAGCCACCGGUCAAUCAUUGAUAACUUCAAGCCAUCAGCAUGGUCACUCAGUGCCCCCGCCACUGUUAAUACCGCCCUCAGCUUUAAAAAUGGAAGAAUGGAGUAGUGCUGACUUUAUGGCUGCCGCCGCUUCAAAGACCACUACCACAACUUUGACGGCAGCCUUAAAUGUGCCACAACCGCCGCCACCACCUCCACCCGCUCACUUCGAUCACAGGGAUAAGAACUCAGCUCUAACAACGACACACAGUGCAACGAAUUUGUUGGAAUUAUCUGCUCCUAAUACACAAGCUUUAAAUCUAAUGCGUUUACCCACCCCUCCCACAUCGGCCACAAUUGAAUCUGCGGCCGUAGCAGCCGCUGUAUCAGCUGCUGCUACACCCAGCCAUUUGUCAACUCAACUUUUAUUCCAGACUGCUACCCCUUCGCCCACACCGACAUUGCUCAAUCUAUCUGCCACUAUAAAUCGAGUAACGGCCGCUCAGUCAUCUCAAAAUAGUCCGAAUGUAACGACUACCUUGGCGCCUCUGGCAAACACAUCGAGUCCACUUAAUAGCACCACAAAUGGUGGAUAUAUAAACUGUCCCAAUACAGGCGGCACUACAUUAACUGCCAAUAUUGGGCCACCCACACCCCUGGCGGAUGACAUGCCUGUUAUGCAAUUCAAAACAAAUACACAUCACUUGGACAAUUCAACUUCCCCUCAAAUAGUGGUGGGUGUACCACGUAUAGUUAAUCCAGCUCUUCCCAACUCCAUAACUACUUCACAAACUCAUACUUCUGCUUCAGCACCGCCUCAGAUGCAGGAUGUUAAUAUACAAACGGAUACACCGGUCUGCAGUGAAGACGAGAAUUCCUCUUGCCCUCUUAAUUCAACAACUGCAUGUAAUGGUGUUGCCAACUCUGCGGCUACGGAGCAAUGUACAACAGCUCAAUGCACACCACCUUUAACACAAAAUGAUGAAUUGUAUCAUGAUUCCGAAGCCCAACAGCCAUUAGAACUCACUAAACCUUCACCGCAUAAUAACAAUUGCCACAGAGCAGAGACUCCACUGGUGGAGAGCUCCUCACAACUUCUGCGUUCAGAAGAACAAAUGCCCAUACUCAAAAGUCCCAUUAAACAACAAACGGCAGCACAACUUAAUGAAACAAUCGAAGAGCAGCAGCAGCAUAUUCUCCCCCCAAAUGAACAGCAACAACAUUCGUUAACACCCACCAUUACCAGUAGUACUGCAACGCCGCAUACUAAUCCAGAGGAUUUAACUGGUUUGGAACUAUUAUCCAACAUAAGCACUAGUACUUUGGCCAAAACUGUAACUAUACGAGUGAAGCAAGAACCUCUGGAUACAAUAAACGAAUCAACCAUGUGCCAUCUAACUGCAGCUGAACAACAACCAAUGAUGGAAUCAAAUUCCAACCAUAUGGAUCCACAACUAAGUGAUCAGCCAAACCCCAUGAUUUUACAUGCGGAUAAUUUUCCAACUCCACCCUCUCCGCAACCGCAGUCACCCACACUAACACAACAUCAUGUUAUGUCUACGCAUUCGCCAGUGGCCAACUUAGCACCAAGUGAUGACGUUGAACCAUUGGGCGGUUUAAAGCUGUUGUGUGCUUUGGCCGAGCAGAGGAUACAAGAAGAGGAAGAAGUUCAAAGUACCUCAAUGAAUAAUGCAGCAAAUGGUAUUUUCCGACCGCCUACGGCAAAUUCACCACCUCAACACUUUAGCUCCUCGUUUACGCAAAAUACCUUUGUAAAACCUGUCGCUAGUACUUUUGCACCCUUGGAAACACAAAACACUACAUUUCCCUCAUUAGAAACACUGGAAUUGCCCUCGACCAGUAGCAGUGGUAACUGUUUCUCUGCUCACAUAACCGAAGCGGUAGUGCAAGAAAGCCCAGUUAAACGUAAAAAGCAUAAACAUUCCAAAUCUUCAAAAUCAUCGUCUUCGCUAAAUGGCUUGGGCUCCGGCGCCGGUGGUAGUAGUGGCAGCAGCAGUAAAAAGUCCCAAAAGUGCAGUAAGAAGAAUAAAAAGAAAUAUUCCAAGGAAAAGAAACGUCACAAACUAUUGGCUGAAGCCCAACAGAACGAUUUAGAUUUUGAUGAUCCGCAAUUGCAACAAGAGUUACAAAAUGCUUUUCAAAAUUGUGUGGAUCCAAGUUUGCAACGUAUGGGUAAGUGGCCAACACCACAGGAGAUAUUCAGCAUUAUGGAGAAUAGUAUGCGCAUGCGUUUGGCCGAUAUAACCAGACAAUAUCGAAAGAAGAAACGCAAAUUGGAUGAAAUAUCCAAGAAUAAAAAGAACAAAAAGAAAUGCUCCAAAUUGCAAGCAAAUCAGCAGAUAUCUUUGGUGGGCAAUUCAGCGCUUUCGUUGGCGGCCUCGGAGAGAUCCUCCUCAUCCAAUGCGGUUGUCGGACCAACUACUCUAUCCUCAUCCCCGCUAUGUGAUUACAAAUUUGGUAAAUUUACUACGAAAUCUUCCAGCACCAGUGCCACUACAACAUCCAGCAAUUAUUUGGCACCCUCCAGUUUCAUACGCUUUGCUACCGAUGCUAACAAGUCUCAAAAUCAUCAUCACCUCAAUACACAUCCACAAUUCCCACCACCUCCAGAUUUAGAAUUAGAAAACGACAAUACCACCUCUAAUAUACCUACCAAUAGCACAGCUACUCUCAUCUACAAGCCGGUACGUUUAGAACCUAGUUCACUCGAUCAACGUUCGAUUACGGCUGCCCAUUGUGUGGGUGCUAGCGGUGGUACAAGCAAUGGCGUGUUACGUUUAGCACAAAAACAUGCUUCCUCCGAAAAACAUUCUCACGUUAUAGUCUGCAAAGAACCUAAACUAAGCAGUUCUACUUCCUCACGCCGCUCAAGUGGCAACGAAGAUCCGGAUCAGGAAGAUGACGAUGUGGACGAAGAAGCUGAAGAACCAACAGCAGCAAACGACAAUGAUGACAAUCUCGAUGAGGAUGAUAUCGAUGAUAUGCCUCAUAAUCGCACUAGUUCCGAUAAUGAAAUGUCCAAAAAUGUUUGUGUGGCUAAACCCCGAAAAAUGAAUCCUAUCGAUCGUUCCCUAAUGCUAACACAAGAUCAUUUGUAUCGCAAAGAAACGCGUGUACUCACCGAUAUGGGUGGACUUUUCUAUGCGGGCAUUAUGAAACCACUACAGCCACCCGAUGUCUAUGCCAUCACCUUGGACGGCGAAAGAGGCAAUAAAUCGCACAUUAUGUCGAGAGAAGAAAUUUUUAAGGAUACGAUUCUAGAAAUGGCUCCCAAGACUGUGGAAGAUGUACCGGUAGGUACACGUUUAUGUGCGUAUUGGAGCCAACAGUAUCGUUGUCUAUAUCCCGGCCGAGCCAUAGAAAGUGAGUCUUCCGAUGAUGGUGUUACAUCACAAGAAUUUGUUAGUGUCGAAUUUGAUGACGGCGAUAGCGGCAGGAUCCGCUUACAAAAUAUACGUUUAUUACUCAGUGAUUAUCCGCAAGUUGAGUACAACGAUAAUCCCCUCUACUCUUUAGGCAAACACAAAAAGUCCAGUGGCAAUAAAAUCUCCUCCAACAAUGAGUCAGAUCAUCAGCAACAUAGUCAUGGCGAUGAGGCUGAGGCCGAUGUUGGUGGUGAUUCAAAGGCGUCAUCGAGAAAAAAUGGUUCCAGCAGAGAUUAUCAUCAGGCAACAGCCAUGGAAAUAUUUGCCGCCAAACGUAGUGAAAAGAAACGCAAUAAGAGUCUGAAAAAGAAAGCUCAAUCGCAAAAUAAUGCUAAUGGCUCUUUGGUAAAUGGUAAAACAGGAAAUGUUGGUGUUUCUACUUCCACAAAUGAUGUUAAUGGUUCGCUGGAAUCUUCGGCAGAUUGCGGUCGUAAACAUCACAAACAUAAGAAACGAAACAAACACAAGAAACAUCGUAAAAAUCUUAUGGAAAUUGGUAUAGUCUCUGAAAUGGAUAAGACCACCUAUAAAACCUCAUCGUCAACAAUAUUGACAUAUAAUAAGAAAACUGAACGCACAUCGCAUACUGCAGUAGUAGAACAGAAACAGCAUCAUCAUCAUCAUCGUCAUACAAACAACACCCAGUCCCACUCGUCAGCAGCCGAGAUGGACGAAGAACAAAUGGAGGAUAAUGAGGCAGAAGCCGAAGAGGAACAAGAUGAUGAAGAAAACUAUGAAGAGGAUAAUACUCAAACCGAAGACUCACAAAUGGCUGAAGAUAAUAAUCUUAAUUUGUCUAGAAUUAAACAAGAAUCAAAUGGUCAUAUUACAGCGGCUAAUACUUCAGCACUAAAUUCUUCGACAGCUUCAAUUAAAGUUAAAACCGAACGUUUAGAUUUGGAAGAGGAAAGUACUUCGAAUUUAAUGUCGGAAAUAUCAGAUGAGGCCAAAGGUGAUGACAUGAUUGAGCAUAACAAUUCGAAAGGCAGUAAAAUUGCUGCUUUUCUACCGGAACGCCAGUUGUGGGGUUGGCUGGGUACUGCUUAUUGUAAAUUUGGAAAUAAGGGUUCGAAGGGACGUAUUCGCAAGCAAUUUUAUAAGACUAUCAAAAGGGGCAAAGAAACUAUUACUGUUGGGGAUUGUGCAGUAUUUUUAUCAACAGGACGACCAGAUCGUCCCUACAUUGGUCGCAUCGAAUCGAUGUGGGAAAAUUCAUGUAAUAAUAAAAUCGUACGUGUACGUUGGUUCUAUCAUCCAGAAGAAACAACUGGAUGUCCAAAUUUAAAAUAUCCCGGUGCUUUAUUUGAGUCCCCCCAUGAAGAUGAGAAUGAUGUACAAACGAUAUCGCAUCGUUGUGAAGUUUUACAAUUUGGUCGUUAUUAUAAUAAAUUUGGAUCGGAUUCAAAGCAAUAUCAAUCGAUAUACGAUAAUAAUGAUACAUAUUAUUUAGCAGGUUAUUAUAAUCCAAGAUUACAAGUCCUGAAACUACAAGAUAAUAUUCCAACUCUAGAAGCAAACACAACCACAACAACAACAACAAACACUAAAUAAAACAACUUUAAUUAUAAAUAAUGAUAUAAUAAAAACAACAACAACAGCAGCAAAAACAAAUACAACAACUA